UUCUGAUCUAGGUCACCGAGUUCCAUUCAAACGUUAUCCUCACCGGUACCUUAAUCCUUAGGCUCUCACAUUGGACAAGUCAAAGGAUGGCAAGAGGAGCUAUUGAUCUCGUGCUAAUCGUAUUAGUCACUGUGUCAUGUGCGCGUGCGCAGAUCUGUAAAGGUGGGCUGGAAAACACCUUGCAAGGGACAUGUGAUCAGAGCUGUGGAGAGGCAGAGUGUUUGUGCUCUGGGGAGACUCCAUCUCACGAAGAAAGCCUUAUUUGCAGGCAGCAGUGUGACAGCAAGAGUCCUAUAACAAGCAAUGUCACGCAAUGCCUAGAUAUGAAAUGUACCAAUGUCGACACUUGCGUUCAAAACUGUCACACCGGCUCUUGCUCUCUCAACUGUCACGCAAAGCAAUCCUGUUCACAAGAAUGCGUGAAUCCCGAAAAGGUGUGCCCCAAGGUUGUAUGCUCGGCCCAGCGGUGCUUUCAGAGGUGCUUUAAUUGCACCAUGAUAUGCACAGGUGAAGUCAGGUUCUGUGAUCAGACGUGUUUGGGUGGGGUGUGCUACGCCAAAUGCAAGGGAAAGUCGUGCUCAAAGAAAUGCUCUAGCGCAGAAGACACAGCGUGUGACAUUUACGACGAAGAGCCGCCGACUGAUGCUAUCACCACCACAAUGCCUCUAACUAGCUCGCCACAUGCAACCACUACCACACAAACAACACCCACCAACACCUCGCAGCUCAACAUGACAACAAUUACUACAGUUCUACAAACCAAUUCGACGGGCUUCACCCCGCUAUCGCCUACAGAAGAGGAGAAAGGAGCCGUUGGCGCGAUCUCGAUGGGCAUCGUCGUGUCCCCCACGGUACAAGUCUUGGUCCUGAUGGUGAUCUUAAAUAAUGGCAGUUAGGAUCAUAGGUCGUGCAAUAUAGGUAUAUAGCCAUCAUUUGAGUUCUUAAUCCUACAUAUCACGAUCGUUGUAGGGUUUUCUUUUUGAUUUGCACAAUUACAAAAUACAGUUUGUUCUCUGUAAAUCCGGAAAAUGCGACAGCGGAACAAAUAGCGUUACGAUUGUUUAAAAAUUCGAAAAUGAAAUUAAAAUCAUUUUAAAAAAUG